ACUCAUACAGAACUUACCUCUAUUCACACCAACGAUUCUUGUAGAGAAGAAGAUGACUAGCUCUAAUCCUCCAUCUCACAACAUCUUCGUCUACGGCAGCAUUCUAGAACCCGCCGUAGCCGCCGUAAUCCUUGAUCGCACCGCCAACACAGUCCCCGCCGUUCUCCAUGGCUAUCACAGAUAUAAACUCAAAGGACUUCCAUAUCCAUGUAUUGUUCCUUCUGAAUCAGGAAAAGUCAACGGAAAGGUAAUAACUGGAGUGUCUGAUGCUGAGUUAAACAAUUUUGAUGUGAUUGAAGGUAAUGGUUAUGAGAGAGUAACAGUUGAAGUUGUAAGAAUGGAUAAUUCUGAGAAGAUGAAAGUUGAAACUUAUGUUUGGGUUAAUAAAGAUGAUCCUAGAAUGUAUGGAGAAUGGGAUUUCGAGGAGUGGAGAGUGGUUCACGCGGAGAAAUUUGUGGAGACGUUUAAGAAAAUGUUGGAAUGGAACAAGAAUCCAAAUGGGAAGAGCAUGGAGGAGGCUGUAGGAUCAUUAUUAUCGUCUGGGGAUUGAUUCUUGAUGAGCUUGGUUAUAAUCUUGGCAGAAGAGAGUAAGUAAAAUAGUGGUUUUUGAAUAAUGUGUUUGUGUGUUGUUGAAACUUGAAACCGAGUCUCUUCUAUGUGAUUUUGUUUGUGUUGGUACUUUUUCUGAUUUCUC